AUGCCAUUCCUCCGUCUCCCCCGCGCCUUCAGCCCCCGCGUCCUCCGCAUAACCCCAUCUUUCCGCCCCACCCCCGCCUUCUCCACCAGCGCCCGCCUCCGCCUCAAAGAGGACAAAGAGCGUAGCCCCGAGGAAGUGGAAGCGGCGAAGCAGAAGCAGCUGAAGAAGCAGGAAGAGGGCAAGGGCGAAUGGCACGAAGAGCUGGCUAGCUCGAGCGAGAGCGGCAUCGCGGCUGAUAGGCAGGAGGUCCAGGAUCAUGAUGAGCAUAUGGAGGAUUUGCAGAAGGAGACGGCGAAGAAGGGGGAGAAGGGAGAUUUGUGA